AUGGUUAAUGAAAUAAAGAGUGAAGAUUUGUUGGAAAAGUACUCUGAAACGUUUAGUGGAUUGGGUGUAUUAAAAAGAAAGUGUGGUUUACAACUGACGGAAGGUAGUAUCCCAACCGUGGACGCAUCGCGUAGAAUUCCGUUUAGUUUGUACGAACCUUUAAAGCGGGAAGUGAAACGAAUGAUGGACCUUAACGUUAUAGAGCCGGUAGAAGGCCCAACAGAAUGGGUUAGCUCUAUUGUGAUUGUGACCAAACCAAAUGGCAAUUUACGGAUAUGUCUAGAUCCCAAAAAUUUAAAUAAAGCAAUAGUAAUGCCGCGUUUUACGUUGCCUACGGUGGAAGAAUGCAAGUCUAAAAUGUUUGGGUCUCGAGUAUUUAGCACAUUAGAUGCCAGUUCGGGCUUUUGGAUGAUCCCAUUAAAUGAGGAGUCUUCGAAGUUAUGUACGUUUAUAACUCCGUUCGGUUGUUACAAGUUUUUACGUCUGCCUUUUGGCAUAAAAGCAGCACGCACCUGA